GCGAACGAAUAGGUGAGAAAGCACGGAAAGCGGAUGCGGCGGGGGGCGCCACGCCCCAGGCGGCCGGGAAACCCGGAGCGGGCGGGCGCUCCGCCAGGCACUUCCGGCCACCGGCGUCGGGGGGCGGGGCCGCGCGCGGCUGAGACGUGCGGCGGGCGGCUCUCCCUGCCGGCGGCGUGCGGCGGGGGGCCGAGCGGGACCGCGUCCCCGACGACGAGCGUCGCUGCUGCUCUGUUCCAGGCAUGUCUCCCGCGUCUCGCCUCGAAUUUCAUAUUUCGCUCAAAGUUCCCCCCCGACCCUCAGCGUGCCCUUUCUUUUCGCAGGAAGCGGGGCGUUAGAGAAGGAGACUAAACAAGGCUCCGGACGUGAGGCGAAGAUGGAGGGAGGCGCCCAGGCCCCAGACUGGGACAGUGAUGAAACUGUGAUAGACGGGUCGGUGACGGAGAGCGACCUGGAUGAUGAGGAGCUGCCCUGGAGAAGGUUGUUCUUUGAUCAAGACACAUCUCUUAGAUCUGAAUUCAGUCUCCAUCCUGGUAUAAGUGGAAUGUACAAAGGCACACCUUCUCCUGAGAUUCAACUUGCGUUCAAAUUCAGAGAGGAUCCACAAGAGCAAAAGAGUAAAAAUAAGAUAAUGCCUCUUAGUGAGAAUGCAGUCUUACAGCAACCUCAAGAUGAAAUGGAGCAAAAUGAAGCUCUGUUCCAGAAUAAAAAAAGUUUUCCAAUGAUCACUAGGUCAUUUUCCCAGGCUGAACUUUCAGUGAACCACCAAAGCAUUCAAGGGCCUGAGGCUGAAAAUCCUGAAAUUUUGCCAAACCCAGAUAAGGAACUAAGCACAGACAGAGACUCUCCUGAAAUUAGCUUUCUCUCAGGUACUACUACUAAAGUAUCUGAUGUGGUGGUUGUAAAGGAGAAACCAUUACUAGAGCCAGAGAAGAUCUUAGCAGUACCAAACAACUUUUCUGAGUCUGGAAAGGAAGCCACAUUGACCAUGAAUUCUGAAGAAACCAAGGAUGAAGAAAGUUCUCUUAAAACUUUUGUGUCUGCCUUAGAAAGGUUACUCACAUCACCAGAAAUCACUCAGGAGGAAAGACUGUUGGAAAUAAUGAGUGAUUUUGAACCUAAAGAGUUGGCUAACCCAUUGAGCAACUCUCCAAGUUCCAUAUCAGUAUCUUUGACAUGUCACAAAGAUUUACUAGAAAACACAAAGGAUGAUGCAUUGCCAACUGAGUUGUUAGCAGUCCUAAACACAUUAUCAGAGGGCGACGUGGGACCCGUCUGUCAUGGAGAAGAGGGAGGCAGCAGUCUCAGGGCUGGAAAUGAAUAUUCUGGAGUGGAGCCCAAGAAGUCUCAGACCACUGAAGAUUGUACACAAAUAGCAGAGGUGAAUUUUGAGUCUCUUUGUUCUGCUCCACUCUUUGAACAAGAUUCCAAGUUAGGGGAGCUGCAGGACAAGCAUCUUUCACUGCAGCAUACUCUAGAAGAUCCAAGUCUAUCUGGGCUGCAAACGUUGGUUCAUCAAAGUGUCACCUCUUGUGAUCCACUAAAUAAUAAGGGUAAUUCAAAUUCGGUGGAAAAUAAGUCUGACGAGGACCCUCCAUGUGUGUUAAGGAGAUCGUCCAGACUGAGAGCAGGCAGAAAUGAAAAGCACACAGAUGACAAGUAUAAGAUGCCAAAAAAGAUUUUACCAAAGAUACUUGUCAGUGAGAAUCAAACAAAUAAUAACUCUUCAACUAAGAAUUUCAGAAUGCAGGAUCCUGCUUUAAUGAUUAAAGGUAAAGGGAAGAAUAUGCAUUCAACCAGACUCAAAAGUGGAGAACAGAUGCAGAGAAACAAAAAAUUUGCUGGAAAAAAUGAAAAAAUGAAGAGGAAUAAAGUAUCUCUGUCUAGCAUUAACCGUAGAAACAUUUUUGGAGAGAACUUACUGUAUCAGGCUGCUCUGCAUAAUGACAUUGAUCUUGUUCAUCAUUAUAUAAUGAAAGGGGGAAAUGUUAAUCAGCCAAGUUAUGCUGGUUGGACAGCACUUCAUGAAGCUAGUGUAGGAGGAUUUUAUCAGACAGCAAGUGAACUAUUAAAAGGUGGAGCAGAUGUAAAUAUCAAAGGAAUGUACCAGAUCACUCCCCUACAUGAUGCUGUGAUAAAUGGACAUUACAAGGUGGCAGAGUUACUUCUUUUGAAUGGAGCUGAUCCAUUACUUAGAAGUGAUGGUGGAAAGUGUCCUUUGGAUGAGGCCAAAGAUUCAUGUAUGAAGCGUCUCCUUGAGAAAUAUAUUCCUAAACACCAAAAACCAGCUCAAAAGAACAGCACCGACCCGUUAGACAUAGAGGAUGCACACCAGCACAAGAAACCAAAAUUCAGUUCUAAAAAUCUCAUUGGGUUUGUUUGUAAUGAAAAUUCCAACAGACAGAAGUCAGAACUUGAAAAAGUUGAUAAAGGAAGUAAAGGAGGAUUAUUUAUAAAUAAAGAAGAUGUAUAUGAACCUUACCAAAAAGAUUCCAAAGACACAAAAUUUGGUAAAUCCAAGCAUAAACAAUCAACUCUUAACCAAAUACACUCUACUAGGGGACUCAGAAAGAAGAGUCUUCAGAAUGUCAAAGGUCCUAACACAAAUGUGUCUAAUGAUAAAGGAAGAAGAAACACACAACAUAAAAGAACUCAAGUGGAUGAUGCAAAACAAGAAAUACACAUUCCAAGAAAGAUAAUACCUCUUUCUUCUGUCAGAAGAAGAAACAGAUUGGUUAAUGGUCAGCAAGAUAAUCUCCAAGCCUUUGAUGACCUUCCAGAAAAGUCACAUAAACUUUUUAGCCCACCUCUGUCAAGCCUGAAAAAUGGAUUAGGUAACAAUAUUGAGGCUUGUUCAAUUCCCAGAGAGACACAUACCCAGAGCCUAGAUUUAUCAGAUAAUCAAGAAAUAAAAUUCUCAGAAUCCACUGACCAAGAGGAAGCUGUUCUUUUCUCAGGACUUUCCUUACAGAAAGAAAUCAAGUUACCACUUGUUACUACAGAUCAGCAGUCUCACACUCACCAAGAACAGCAGCACAUUAGCCCUGAUAAAUCCCCUGAAAACAGUAACUCGGGUCAAAAAGGUGAGAGCCUUCAUAAGUGGGAACAUUCUUUUGCAUCCUUUAUAAAGGAAAAUUUUAAUAAUGUUGAUGAGGAUGAUUGCUUUACCUCUGAGAAGACUAUAGCAUGUAAAAGACCGGUGUGUUUUACAGGUUGCAAAAACCACUGUAGUUAUAACGAGAAUAUAACAAAGAGAGAAGAAAUGGAUUUUCAUCAGUUUUUCCCUUCUGAAAACCAUUUUUCACAGGAAAAUGAAUUAAAAGCAUACAGUCUAAUCAUACUUCCACAACAGGAAGCUGUUAAUCUUUCUGAUUCAGAUAAUACAAUAGGUCCUGAACAACAUAUUGCCAAUUAUGAGCAAUGCGCAUGUGAAACUUCUUUUGAUCACUCACAUGGCAAUCCUGAGCAUACUUCCCUAGCUUGUCCAAGAACAUUGUCAACACAGGAAGCUUCAAAGUUGACUAGUCAUGUGAAGCUAUUCAAAAGGUCUCAAGAUUUUAGCUCCAGAGCACCGACUCCUUUAAUGGAUCAAACAGAUACACAUAUUGUGGAAAAGGUAAAUGAGGGAGAAGACACUAAAAGGAAUUACAGUGAUGAAAGCCAGAAAACAAGUUCUUCAAAUGGGCCUUCAUCCACAGUUGUUAAUUCUCAAGUAAUAGAAACAACUACAGUUAAAAAAAGGAAACAAGAUCUUCCAGAGAGCAAAACCAUACAUGAUACAGUUUUUUAUUCCACUGACAAUACCAGUAAAGAAUUGGCCAACAUCUCACAACUUAGACAGAAAGAAGAAAAGGAAAUUUCUCAUAAACCAGAUGAGGAAUUAACUAAUAAUAUCAAUGGAGAUGAAAGCACUAUGAGAAAUGGUGAGAAAAAAGAAAAAACAAAUUCUGAAAUUUGCAUGUCUAAUAUCCAAGAACACAAAAAAGUUCAGAAUUUCAGAAAAAGGCAAAAUUUCUUGAAAGCUACCUGCAGCCAAGCAUUUGACAGAAAAGAAGCCUCAGUUUUACUUGGCAAAUUUACAGAAGUAAAAACAGCUGGGAUCAAUAAGAGGAAUGCCAGAGGGGAAAGCCAGCUUCAUUUGGCUGCCAGAAGAGGAAAUUUGACUCUGGUGAAGGCUCUAAUAGAAUCUGGGGCAGAUGUGAAUCUAAAAGAUAAUGCAGGUUGGACACCACUUCAUGAGGCAUCUAGUGAGGGAUCUAAUGAUAUAAUUGUAGAGUUGUUAAAAGCUGGUGCUAAUGUUAAUUGUGAAAAUCUAGAUGGGAUUAAUCCCUUACAUGAUGCUGCUGCCAACGAUCAUUUAAAGGCAGCUGAGAUUCUACUACAACAUGGAGCAAACCCAAAUCAAAAGAAUCAAAAGCAGAAGACUGCUUUGGAUGAAGCAGAUAAUGAAAAAAUGAAAGAGCUGCUGAAAUCUUAUGGUGCAAUUGAGACUGAUAAUAGAGAUGAAAGUAAUGUUAUAGCCACUGUCAAAAUUCCUGCUGUCCGACCAAAAAGACUUAAACGGUGUUUUUGUGAUGACUGCAAAACUGUUGAUCCACCUUCUCUUUCACACAGAGAAAAGACAAGAGAAAGCCAUCCUGUGCAUCAGACCAUCAGUGCCAUUUUACAAGAUAUAGAAGAAAAACAAGAAAAUUUACUAGAAUUUGAAAUAAGAACCCCUGAAGAUGCAGAACAAUACAUUGAAAAGAUGUUAGAGAUAAAAGAGAUUAUGGAUAAUGUGCUUGCCAAACAGAAAGCAGAAAGGGAUGAUCUGGCUAAAAAAUACAGGGUGUCCGUAGAAUCAUUUAAGCAAGGAGUCCUGAGAGAACAACUGGCUAACUUGGCCACAAGACAGAAGAACCUUUUAGUUGUGGCAAAAAAACAGAAAAAAAUUAGCCAGAAAAUUCAAAACUAUAAAAACAUUACAUCUCUGUCUGGUCCUAGUUUGAGGAAUCUGCCAUCCAGCUCAGAAAUCACUAGUGAAAAGGACAGCCAAGAGCUUACCAGUCUGGAAAAUUCAUUGCAGCCCCAAUCAGGUUCACUUUCUCCUGUAGGCCCUAUUUGUGGAAGCAUGCAAGAAACACAGUUGUCUCUGGAUAUGUGGAAUGGCAGCCAAAAUACCAACACUUGUGUAAACUCAGAAACAGUGAGAAGAGAAGAAUUUUCUGGAAAUGAACUGAAUUCUAAACAAAAUGUCAAUGACUGUACCUUGGAUGGGUUAUCAAAAUCCAGACAUUCAGAUGGUAGUAAGAAGAUUAAAUUACCAUCCCAACCUGUUGCCUUUAUUACUCAAGAAGAACAUUCGCAAAAAGAAAAUGAUCUUAUAGAAACUCCAGCCAAAGGGCACAAAUCCUAUAGUAGUCCUUCAGCAGUAACUAGUACAUUAAAUAUUUCAGAGACUACAAGCAUACUUGCUGAAAAUGAUGCCCAUCCAUCGACUUUUAUUUGCGAUCAGGCUCCUACCAGUUGUGAUCCAAAAAGAAGGAAGAGGAAAAUAGCUUCCCAGCAACAACCUAGGGGGACAUUAGAAUCCCUGGCACAUCAAGGGACUGAUGCCUUAGGCAGCAGCAGUACUGGGUAUCAGACGAAAUCGUAUCUUAAAAAAUCAGCUUUUGCUGUUCCCCAUGCUAGUGACAGUCAGAACUCCUCUUCCUCUGGGUGUGGCUGUCAACGUACGAUGAGAAAGCCUUUAAACUACAGCACUAGGAAGAAAUGUAUGCAGAUAAAGGAUCUGAUAUUACUUGGAAGAAUUAAUCCAGGAAAUAACAUUCUGGAAUUCAAAACACAGGAGACUACUCACAAAGCCAGUGUUUUACUGAGUGGUAAAAUUAAGGUAGAAAAUGGUCAGAUUUAUCAAAAUCCAGUCACCUGGCUCAAGGAUCUUCUAGGAGGCGACAGUUACGUGACUUGGAAUUACGCUUGGAGUAAGGUGACAUAUCUGGGGAAGGAGCUUUUAAAGUAUGUUUCUGAGGAAGUACCCAUACCCACAGAGCCAUCCGUGGUGCCUCAGCAACAUCAACCUUGUCUUCCAGGAACUUCCAGAGAGUCAAUGCAAAGCAUCCCACAUUAUCUACAAAUAAAUGAAGUACUAUUAAUCAGCGAUCAAGAAUUUCUCCCAUGCCAUAUAAUGGAUCAGCAUUGGAAGUUCUAUGUGGAAUGUGAAGAGCUAACAUUCUAAAACCUUAUUUUUGUAAUAAUUUAUUAUACAUGUGUUCAUGUUAUUAACCCACAUUCAUAUCUUAUCUUAUAUGGGCUGGAGGGCCUAUUGUAACACACACUUCAUGCGUUGCUACUUAAAAUGUGUUUAUGGUGUAAGAAAAAAUAUAACUCAAAUUAUUGUAGUAAGAUU